AUGUCUAACACUUCUGUAAGUAAUAGCAGUAUGAUAGAUUCUGGUCCUCUAAUCAAAGGCAUAAAUGUUCGAGCAUUCGCAGAAAAAAUUUACACUAUACCAGAAGUUAUUUCUGAAAUUCGAGAUAAACAUUCUCGUGAUUUUUUAAAUCAAAUUUCAUUUGAUCUUCAGAUUAAAGUACCUUCAGACGAGGCAUUAAGAGAAGUUGUAAAUUUCUCAAAAAAAACUGGCGAUUUUGCCAGUUUAUCUGCUGUAGAUUUGAGAGUUUUGGCAUUGACUUAUAUGUUGGAAGUUGAGACUAAUGGUACUAAACGGUUAAAAAAGGAGCCCGUCAAAAAACCUUUAAAUAAAUCUGAAUCGAUGGAAAUUAUUAAUAAACAGGAACAGCAGCAACGAAUUGAUGAACCAAAUUUAGUGUCAAAUUUGGAAAGUUUGAAACUCGCAGAUAUUACAGUUGAAUUUUCAAGUUCAGAAGGAACGGAUCAUCAAAGAGAUGCUGUUAGCAACCUUUACCAAGUUGAAAAUUCUGAACAAUUGAAUAAUAUUGACUUUAAUAAUGAUUGUUCCUUAUCAAAGGAUGAACCAAUUGUAGAAAUUUCAACGCAUAAGCUGAAAGACGAAGAAUAUGACGAUGAUGAUAUUGGAUGGAUAACUCCAGAUAAUAUCGAUGAUUAUCAAGCAAAAGAACAUGAAUUUCCCAUCGAUUUGAAGAAAGAUAUGUUAAAAUUGCUUGGAAAGAGAAUUAGAAAAGUGAAAAAUUGGGUUCUUAGAUGUCAUGCUUGUUUCAAAAUAACUACAAAUACGGAGAAAAAAUUUUGUCCUAACUGUGGAAAUGCAGCUUUGAUUCGUACAUCAACAAGUACGGACGCGAAUGGUAACGUGACAUAUUACUUGAAAAAGAAUUUUCAAUAUAAUUUACGCGGAACCAAGUAUUCAAUCCCAGAACCGAAAAGUGGUCGUAAUGCUAAUAAUAUUAUUCUCCGAGAAGAUCAAAAGGAAUACCAAAAAGCAUUAAAGAACCAAAGAAAACAAAAGGAAAUUGAUAUAUUUGAUCCAGAUUAUAUUCCAAAACUUUUAAUUGGAAUAAGUAAUUCAAAUUCCAUUUCCCCUGUAAUCGGUUAUGGUCGUAGAAAACCAAAGGGAGAAAAAAGCGAUAAAAAAUUUUUACAAAAUGUAAAGCCCCUAUAAUCAUAUAAAUCACGUCACUUAUCUGCAUGCACGAAUUUCAGUAAUAAAUAAAUUAUUUAAUUAAAUUACUUUCUUCCUGAUAGUUAAGUAAAAAAAGUUCAUUCGAUUCUACAUGCUAUCACAGCCAUAUAAAUAUAUAUAUGACAGCAACAUUAUUUUCUAUAAGAAUUAUUUUAAUUUCUACCACAUAUUUUACAAAUUCU